AUGCGAUUUCAGCUUAGCUGCUUCAUAUUGCUGGUCAUCCUGUACUGCUCACCAUAUCACUACAGCGGAACUUCAUUUGUAUUCUUCUGCGCCUGGACAAUUUUCCUAGUCGGAUUACUCACCUGGAUUGCACACCUACUUGGAUUCCAAAGACAAACGUUCAAUGUUGGCCAGAUGUCCGCUUUCGUACCAUUCGCCCUUUUGCUGUUCGGCUAUUCGCUAAUUUUCUUCUUUCUUUUCUGCAUUUCGGCACUGAUUUGCCUGAUCAGCAUGUUCUCAUCAAUUGGUUAUGCUGCAAGCUUAUUUUUCGUCUAUCUUUUUGCCACGAUAUUCUGCUUGUUCUGUGGUGCAAUGUGUGGUUAUAUGGCAAUUUUGCUAUAUCGUGCCACACCGAAUGGAUUACUGAUGAAUUUGCGGUCGGUGGUGAUUGAGGGUGACAAAACAAGCACAUUUGGUGCUACCGCAGCACCAGCUGGUCCCACUUCUCCAACCAGUAUAUAUCCACAGGGUACAAAUCCUGUAUAA